AUUAUGCAGACAUCUUAGCAAGUUUCGUUUGUGUCGCGUAGGUCGUAAUGAUGGAACCAUAGGCGAGCCUCUUGGAAGCUCGCCACGAAACAGACAAAACCAAUCACGCUCAUUUUCCCCAAGAACGAGAAGUGCAUGAUGGCUGACGAUAGAUCGCUACACUUACAGCCACUGCAGAGCGACGGCAAUGGCGAGGACGCCGGCGCGUUCUCGAGCUGUAUGACCCCGGACGACAUCGAGCUUCAACCGAGAGAAGAACCCAGUGAGCUCAAAGUGGUGCGAUUCGUCUCUGAAAGCGACGGAGCAGUCGCCGUUGACGUCAAUGAAAUCAGGAGCAGCAGCGACGGAGUGAGCGGCAUUCUCCUCGCUCGGGACAUCCAGUGGACACUAGGGACUCGCGCAUUCCGCACGUGCCUCGUUCUUGCCAUGCCUUGGGCUGCCUACGCAAUCCUCAACACCGUCUUCACAAACACUCGACUCUCCUACAUGGAGUCAAUGGGCAUCUCCGACUUUGUGCCGCGAUUUGUGCCAAGUCUCAUCCAGGUUUUCCUUGGACCGAUCCUCGGUGCCAUGUCGGAUCGGUCACUGUCAAAAUGGGGACGACGUAAUGUGUUCCUUAUGGCAGCUGCAGUCAUCGUGACGGUGAGUGGACUGCUCUACGGUUCAGCAAACGUGCUUUUCCCAACCCUCCAAGAGUUAACCAAGCUACUUCUUGUGCUGCUCAGUAUCGGUGUACUACUACUAAACAUCGGUCUUCGUGCUCGCAUCAUGGACAUGGUACCGAUCGAGUUUCAGGUCCAUGCGCAAGCAACACUAGCCAUGUAUGAAGGCGUCGGUGGCGUCCUUGGAUCUCUACUCUUUCGCAGCACAUCCGACGCGGUGGUCUUUGCCAGCGCCAUCAGCGGCGAGGAGAUUCUGAAAGCUUUUGGAUUCGCUAUGGCAGCCAUCUUCGUCACGACUGCUGUUUGUAUCUAUCUACGACCUGAACACCCCCAGGACAAGCCCAUGUUCCAACCUCGACUCAGUCGCGUGGGUCGUGAAGCUUGGGAGCAAGUAGUACACUCACCCAAGAUCUUUCGCUUCUUAUGCAUUGUGUACUUCGUGCUAUCCUUCGCAUGGCUGAGUUUCUCGGACGAAGUUUAUCAGUGGUGGGGUGCUAACGUCUAUGGAGGUUGCAAGGCCGCAGCCUGCGAUGACAGCAGCCGGGAUAAAUACCGAAGGGGCCUCAACACAGCAAACACAGCGGUCAUCGCACAGAAUGGUCUCGUGGCGGCGAUAUGCUUCGUCGUGUUGCUCAUCAUGCCGCGAUGCAAAGACGCAAGGUAUCUCAAGCGGUUCACUGUACUCGGACUUGUGAUCGGAACCUGCGCACUGGUAGUUGCCGUAUCCGUGGGGAAGUUUUGCAAGGAGGUGGCGUUCACAGGUUUUGUGAUUACUGCUUUUUACCAAACAGUGGCGAAUGUUUUCCCAUUUUCGAUUGUGGGCAUCAUGGGCAAGGAACUCCAGACUUCGGUUCAUGGAUUCAACAAUAACGGCCUCUACGUGGGCGUUCUCAUGCUGUUCGAGGCAGCAUCGGAUCUGACAGUUCAAGUGUACGGCACCGAGAGCUUGGCACCUUUAGGAACGGGGAACGUGUUCACUCUUCCGUGUAUCCUUUUUGCGGUUGGAAUUGCAUGCACGGCCAGCUUCGUAGCAAUGUUGGGCCGGCGAUGAGACGGAAUUGUAUUAUUAAUACGUGUAACACAACUGUAAAUGACCGCCUAUUGUGUAUGACGGCCG